GUCAACACUGGAGAUAAUAUCGAUAGCGUCAUAUCGAAGUCUGAGUCUAUCGAGCGAACAACAACAACAACAUCAACAAGACUCGCAGGGAGGGCGCUUUCUAUUUCAAUGCAUUUUCUUAAAUUGCUCCAGUUGCUUAAGUGAAAAUCAAUCAAUGCAAUUACGCGCAUCCGGAAGUAUUACGGCAUAUCCAACGUGCCCGCAUUAAAGUGUAUACUCCAAGUUGCAUAAGUCGUUGGUAAUAUUGAAGACGCAGCUGCAAAUUAAGGGCACAAAUUAAGGUCAUCUGAAAGGCGGACAAAAUGAUUCACGUGGGCGACAAUUCGUGGAAUCUGCGCAUCUUCAUCACGGAUCUGUCGCUGGAGCGGAAGAUGCGCGUGCGCGGCGAUCAACAUUUGGGCAGCAUAAUGCUGCAACUGGUGGAUCCGGAGAAUCCGAAAGAUUGGUCCGAUCAUGCACUCUACUGGCCAGCGAAGAAUGUGUGGCUGUCGCGGACACGCGCCACCUUGGAUCAGUGUGGCGUCCAGGCGGACAGCUUGCUCCACUUUACGCCCAUGCACAAGUUGCUGCGUGUCCAGCUGCCCGAUUUACGUUAUCUCGACUGUCGUGUCGACUAUUCCGUCAAGACAUUUGCCGCCGUGGUGCAGCUGUGCAAGCAUCUGGACAUACGCUAUCCGGAGGAGCUGUCCCUGUGUAAACCGCUCGAAGCGGAGCAUUUGAAGCGGAACUUUGCCCAGUUGCCUCACUUAAAGCGUGUGGCCAUCGCCGAGCCGGAUGGCACCACUUACCUGCAGCCAGCGCCGGAUACUAAUUCAUUUGUGCCCAUCAAUUCGUCCUUUGACGGCGGCAGCAACGGCAGCCUGGACAAACCCUCGUCUCCUGGCAUCUUCUUCUGUGCGCCGCUUUCCCCGCACAAUGCAACAAGCAGACGCUCUCCUCUAGCUCACAGCUGGAAGCCCAGUCAGCCUGGCUAUGGCACCUAUGACUCCUCCUCCUCCAGUCUAGGCGACUUUCAGGAAAACCUGGCCAGCUCUCCUCAAGCGUUGAGUGCCGAGAUGCGUUCGCAUCUGUUGCGUCCCAAGUCGCUGGUGGAAAAGGCGCGUCUCAAUGUCGGCUGGCUGGACAGCUCGUUGUCCUUGAUGGAGCAGGGUAUUCGGGAGUAUGAUACACUCUGUCUGCGCUUCAAAUACUACACGUUCUUCGAUUUGAAUCCCAAGUACGAUCUGGUGCGAAUUAAUCAACUGUAUGAGCAGGCCAAAUGGUCCAUACUCAACGAGGAGCUGGACUGCACGGAGCAGGAGACUCUGAUGUUUGCUGCGCUGCAGUUUCAGGUGAAUCAUCAGGUGGACUUGCAACCACUGGCAGCUGUUGAUUCGGGCAUUGAGACGUCGAGUCAGGAGAAUGAUGAUGACGACAUCGAUUCGGCACUCAAUGAACUGCAGAUUACUCUGGAGGGCAGCCGGAAUUCACAUGAUCCUGUGAAUAUUACACGCAUACCAGAACUCUCGGAUUAUUUGCGCUUCCUCAAGCCACAGAGAUUCACCUUGCGGGGCUACAAGCGAUACUAUUUCACCUACCGCGAUCUGCACUUGCAUCUGUACAAGAAUGCCGAGGAAUCUCGACGCACUGCACCCACAAUUAGCAUUAAUUUACGCGGCUGCGAGAUAACGCCAGAUGUGAAUCUUUCGGAGGGUAAAUAUGCCAUACGCCUGGAGGUUUCACCAGACGAUGAUCGCCAUAGAGCCAACAGCGAGUUCUGGAUGCGCUGCGAGAAUGAACAGCAGUAUGCCAAGUGGUUGGCUGCCUGUCGUCUGGCUUCCAAAGGACGCUCCUUAGCGGACAGCACCUAUGAGAGCGAGGUGGAUGGAAUUCUAUCGCUGCUGCAGAUACAGCGUCCCGUUCAAGGUGUACAUCUCAGCAUUGAUCCACGCUCAGUGGAUGCUGUGGAUUAUUUGUCGCCCAAGAUGCUGCGCAAGUUGUCCAACAAGGCAGUGCAACGGAUUCUGGAGGCGCACGCCAAUGUCAGAGAGUUGCCGCUGCUGGAGGCGAAGUUGAAGUAUAUACAGGCCUGGCAAUCAUUGCCGGACUUUGGUGUCUCUUUAUUUAUCAUCAAGUUUGAUGGCCAUCGAAAGAAGGAACUAUUGGGUGUGGCCCAAAAUCGUAUAAUGCGCAUGGAUCUUAACACUGGAGAUCACAUCAAGACCUGGCGUUACAAUACAAUGAAAGCCUGGAAUGUCAAUUGGGGCAUUAAAUGCAUGAUGAUUCAAUUUCAUGACGAGAAUGUCGUCUUCUCUUGCCAAUCGGCAGACUGCAAGGUGGUCCAUGAAUUCAUUGGCGGUUACAUUUUCAUGUCAAUGCGCUCCAAGGAUAACAAUCAGACGCUGAACGAGGAGCUCUUCCACAAGCUAACAGGCGGCUGGUCAUAAAUUGUCUCCACAUCAGGCGGAUACGGUUACGUUUAUAUCAAAGUUGUUUCUAAUUUAUAGGAAUCUGUUUGUUUAUUGUUGACAGUGGCCCUUGUUCAGAGCCAAUUUUUAUAAUCUGAUGAUUUUCCCUAAUCCAGAACAAUGUUAAUGUAAUACUUAUAAGCUAUAUCCUUUUCAAUUUUGAAUGGAUGCCAUUUAUAAGCGGUUUUCUAAACUAAUCCCAUGGAUUUUAACUGAUUUUUAACUAGCCAGAGGCGCUUUUGCCUUUUUUUAAACAUAAUAACUCAGCCUUUUAAUGCGUGGCCUUUUUACAACUAACUCUUAAGCAAUAAUAAAAAAUAUUAGCACACAUUUUAACGCAAAA